AUGAAUAAAAGAUGUUGGUUGGUAGCAAUUGAUCCUGACCGCGGCAUAGAAGGUCGUGAAGUCACAAGAGAAUUAUCAGACAUAGCCUAUCCGCAGAGAUUUGAAUCAGAACUCGAUCAACUGUCAAGUUAUUCCGACAACUCUGAAAAUAACGAACGCAACUUCCGCUUCAGAGAAAAUGAAGAGCGAGAAGCAACGAAAAGAAGAACUGGUUCGGGCCUGAAGUACAUUGGGGUUGGUAAGAGAGAAGGUAACAGAGCAGGAAAAAGCAAAGAAAGAAGACAAUCUGGCCUCAAAUAUAUCGGCCUCGGAAAAUAA